GCCAGGCCAUGCUGCCAGCUGCUCCGCUUGAGCCAGGCCUCAGAGCUAGCUCAGCUUUGCGCAGAAGAUCAUCCGUGCGCUCUGCCAUGGCACUAACCCUACAGCGUGGCCAGUGUGCCCGCACAGCCACUGCCUGACACACCGUCUCCCUUUGCAGGAUGUGCUCAAGACCAAGGACACCACCAUCAAGGAGCUGCAGUUCCAGCUGGCCCGAGCCACCAAGGCACACAACGACAUGCUGCAGGCGCUCAAGGGAAAGCUGACAGCCUUUGGCAUCCCCUUGGACAACCUGGGCUUCAAGCCCCUGGAGAGCCCUCAGGUGAGGCAGGGCCCUGCGGGACUCGUUUCGGUCCCCAACUUAUGCCAAUCAACACCAAGGGACCGACUGCACCGGGCAGAGAGCUGGACUCUGCCCCCUUUGCGCUUUGUGCCAUCACAGAAACCCCAGUGAGCACUCAUCAGUACCACGUUCUGUACCUCCACAAAGGGGGAGAAGCUGACGUGCCCCAGGCCCUGCCAGUACGCCCCCACCUCAAAGUGCAGCUUGUAGGUGCCGGGCUUGGCCUGCCCUGGAGCCAGGAGGGGAUGGCAGCACCCGUCCCCAUCCGUCCACCUGAAACCAGACGGUGCAAACCGUGCUGUGGUGGCUGCUUUGGCUCUGCUCCCGGCAGCCCCCGCGGCAAAGGCUGGGCAGCCUCUCCUGGCAGCUGCCUGGUUCAGGGGGUCGGAUGGCAGCAUCCUCUUCCCCUUUCGCUGCCACUGGCUCUCCCUCCUCUGCUCCAGCCCCAUCCACUGCAGCCCUGACUCCUGCAGCUGGGCCAAGCGCAUGGCGAGCCCGGCUGCCGGCAGCCCUGUGGCUGUGUUCGGCACGUGGGUGCUCAGGGAGCCGUUCCUUGUCUCAGUCAUGCCUUCAGCCUGUGGCAGAGGAGUCAGCGGGGCUGGAAUGUGUCCAGCAGCACUGUCCACCUCCCCCUCUGCCACACUGCAGCGGGCAGUGCCACAACCAAGCCUCCCAGCUGCAUUCAGCCCCUCUCCAGAGGGGCACAUGGCCAGCUUGCCUGUGUGCCCCCUCUCUGCAGCCACGGCUGUCCCAGCACAGCCCCAUGUUCCCAGCACCCUCUUGCACCCCAGGACCAGGACAUGGGCACCCAUCUUCCCAUGCUGUGGGCUUCAGCUCUGCCAGCCCAGGACUGCGGUGCCAGCUCCCUGCCCGCAGCAGAGCACUCCCAACAGCGUGGGCGCCUGCCAGGUUCCUGCCUGGACAAAGGACUGUGUGUCUAGGGCAGUGCCAGGCUCCCCACUCCCCCAUCUGUCCUGGUGGGCCACUGCACAGCAGAGACCGCUGGCCUGGACCCAGGGAGGAACAGCCCUGUCCCCAUCCCCUUCCCUGUCCCUGUCCCCAUCCCCCUCCCCAUCCCUGUCCCUGUCCCUUUCCCCUCCCAUGUCCCCUUCCCUGCCCACAGUGUCGCGUGUGGAUGAAUGUUAACCCUGCAAGUGCUCCAGAGCUCUUGGGGCAGGCAGCAAGUGCACUGGUGGGUGCAGGUGGGCUCCUUCCCCUCCGGGAGCCCCACCUGCCGGCAGCCCCGUGGCCAUGUUCGGCACGUGAGUGGUCAGGGAGCCGUUCAUUGUCUCAGUCAUGCCUUCAGCCUGGAGCCAGGACAUGGACACCCUUCUCCUUCCCAUGCUGUGGGUUCAGCUCUGACAUGGAAGGACACGGUCCAAAGCACGAGAUGCUUUGUUGUAAGCAGCCGUUACCACACAGCUCUGGAUUAGAGACCUUUGCAACCAGGAUUACCAUCACCUACAAUGACUUAUAGAGACAUUCUAGUUAUUGACUUAAAGGUUUGGUUUUUUACAAUGCCUGUUGAUCCAGAAACAAGCUCAAAAACACUGCUCACAUAAUGGUGUACAGCCCCCAGGAGACCGACAGCAUCCAUACCAUCCAUACUUGGUCUCGAUCUCUAGGGAAGUGCAGAGGAGGCUGAGUGAGGACCUCCCGGAGACCCUGUGUAAUACACCCCAGCUCUGCCAGGCAGCAUCAGUCCGGCACGUGCCGCCAUGGCAUCACUCGAGGACAAAAAGCUCCUUAGCACCAUCCCCACAGCUGCCAGCAAUGCACAGAGCAUUUACACUGCGCUCCUUACACUGGGACCAUGGAGAGCAGAGCCCAGAAAGAGCAUCCUUGGAAGAGGGCAUGGAAAUGCUCCAAGUCAGACCUUGAGACCCUGAAAUGAGCCCUGAGGAGGAGACUGGAGCAAGAGCUCCUCCAGCCAGCCGCCCUGCGGCCUGGAGAAGCACGGCCAGGCAGCUGCGCUCGGCGGUACGGCCCGGAGCAGCGACAGCGCCCUGCCCGCACCCUUCACCCACACUACAGGCACCCGGCCUGGUUCCGCUCGUGCGAUGCUGGGGGUGUGGCAGCCCCAGAGCACAGGGUGCAAGAACUUGGGGAAAACCAGACAGAACCUGGGCAAAACCAGCCCCCUUUUCUGCCCGAGGCUCCGUCAAGGAGCCUGGCAGUGCAGGAGAGCUCGAGACGCCUUCCCUGGCACAGGAGCUCACACAGGAGCUGCAAGCAUGUCCUGACCGUUCACUUGUUUCUCGAAGUCCCGGCGCAGCUGGGUGAUCUCCUCUUCUUGUUUCUGUUAGGGAGAAGCUGUUUGUUAGAGGCAGACAACCAAAUCCUGAGGCAGUUUCAUCCCGAGGGAUUCCCUCCUGCUCCCUGGGAAAGGCUCCCACCAUGGCACCAAUCCCAUGUUAUCCGUGCAAACAGCAGCUUAUAGGUUCUCCAGCUGCUCCCACAGCUCCCUGCUGCAGGAGGCAGGGUUCGCAGGAGGUACCCCAGGAAUCCCUUCUCCCUGUUACUGUGCUGGCUUCCUAGUGCCCUGAGCCCACCAGUGCCUGUGGGAAACCCCAUCCCACCCCAUGGAUUGAGCCGGGGAGGCAGGCUCCUGCUCACAGGCCGGUGCUGGGAGGACUCCACCUGCAGCCCCACCACCUCCCUCUCCAACAGAGCCACCUCACGCCCAGCUCCAGCCCGGCCAGGGACGUACCAUGAGCAUGCUUUUCACAAGCGCCUCGUGGGCCAGCUGCUGCUCCCUCAACUUUGCUUUCAAAGUGUCCACGCCUUCCUGCAGCCUCAUCUCCUGGGCCCAGUGAUCCUCCUGAGCUUGCUUUAUGGACAAGAUGCCCUCCGCCUUCAGCUCAGUGAGGUUUUCCUGGUGUUCAUACAGCAAGUGCCUCGUCUUCUGCUUGUAAGCCUAAAGACAAGCCACAAGAGCGGGUGAGUGGCUUCAGCAUGAAGACACUCGGGGCUGGGGUAUUGGUCAAGAUGCUCCUGGCUUGCAAUCAAGCCAACUUCUCCUCGUCUACCCCUUUCCCUCAAUCUCCUCAGAGCUGCCCAAGGCUCACCCAGAGCUCGGGGCACUCACAACACCUCCCAGCCUCCUCCCCUCGCACCUUGAUC